AACAAUCUAAACCAACCCCUCCCUCCCUCUCCUCCUCCACGACCUCAACCUCACAUCAUCAAUUGCAAUCGCAAUUGACGCAACCACUCACCACUCAAUUCCGCCGUGGAACCUAACACGCACAAAUAGCCCACGAUGACAUCAACUAAGCCCCUCACGAUCCUCCUGGUCGGCAACGGCGGCCGCGAGCACGCCCUCGCAUACUCCCUCUCCAAAUCCCCCUACGUCUCGCACAUCCACUGCAUCCCGGGUAACGGCGGCACCGCCAGCCUCCCCAAAACCUCCAACCACCCCUCAAUCUCCGCCUCCGACUUCCCCGCGCUCGCCGAGUUCGCGAAAGAAUACUUCGUCAACCUGCUCAUCCCGGGGCCCGAGCAACCCCUCGUCGACGGCAUCGUCGACUUCUUCGAGCAGGAAGUCGGGUCGUACGAAGGCGGCGCGAAGGCCGGCGGCGAAGGGAUCCGGUGUUUUGGACCUGGCAAGGCCGCCGCGCGGAUGGAGGGCAGCAAGACGUUUUCCAAGGACUUCAUGAAGCGGCAUUCGAUUCCCACGGCGGCGUAUGAGAAUUUCACCGACCACGCGGCCGCGAAGGCGUACUUGGAUUCUGUGUCGCAUCGCGUGGUGAUUAAGGCGUCGGGGCUCGCGGCGGGCAAGGGCGUUAUUAUCCCUGCGACGAGCGAGGAGGCGCACGCGGCGUUGAAGGAUAUCAUGUUGGAUCGGGAGUUUGGGUCCGCGGGCGAUGAGGUGGUGAUUGAGGAGUUCCUCGAGGGCGAUGAGCUCAGCAUCUUGACGUUCAGUGAUGGAAAGACGAUUAGGAGUCUCCCGCCCGCGCAGGACCACAAGAGGAUUGGCGAUGGGGACACCGGGCCUAACACGGGGGGUAUGGGAACGUACGCGCCGACGCGGAUCGCGCCGAAGGAGGUGAUUGAGCGGAUGGAGAGGGAGAUUCUGCAGCCGACGGUUGACGGAAUGCGAGAGGAGGGAUACGAGUUCAAGGGUGUGCUGUUCACGGGGUUGAUGAUGACCAAGGACGGCCCCAAGGUGCUGGAGUACAACGUCAGGUUCGGUGACCCGGAGACGCAGAGUCUGCUGCGAUUGAUGGAGAGCGAUCUCGCGGAGGUGAUGGUGGCGUGCGCGGACGGCAAGCUCGCGGAGGUCGACUUGAAGGUGUCGGCCAAGUCCGCGGCGACCGUCGUCGUUGCGGCUGGCGGGUAUCCUGGAUCAUACAAGAAGGGAAUCGAGAUGAAGCUGGAUCAGACGCCCGAGGACGUUGUGUUGUUCCACGCUGGCACCGUGCUGGACGGCCAGACACUGAAGACGGCGGGCGGGCGCGUGAUUGCCAGCUCAGCGGUCGCGGACACGCUCGAGGACGCCGUGAAGCGCGCGUACGAGGGCGUCAAGUGCAUUCACUUUGAGGGCAUGCAGUACAGGAAUGACAUCGCGGGACGGGCGUUGAAGAAAUAGAGCAUCACCAGCACCUCGUCUUGCCGCAGCGAAAGA